AUGGCUGAUAAGCACUUUGACGCUUUCGAUCAACCGAUGCGAGCCACCAUCGCCUAUGACAACGGCAAGACGCUCAUGGCGCAGGGACCACUAGCGCUCCACGAUCACGUCGCCUCCAGCAUGGAAAAGGCUUUAGGAAAGGCUCUCCCGCAAAUGGAAGUACGCUUCAAGAACGUCUCCAUCUCGGCUGACAUUGUUGUCAAGGAUGAGACCGUUGUCAAGACGGAACUACCCACGCUCACUAACGAGCUCAUGAAGAGCAUUCGAAGUAUGGGCGCCAAGAAGCACACGGUCAAGAAGCAGAUCCUUAAGGACGUCAGCGGGGUCUUCAAGCCAGAGGACAACUACAACCCUGCGACGUGGAUGCUGGAGGUGAUCGGCGCAGGUGUGGGCAACAGCAACGGCGACAAGACGGACUUCGUGAAGAUCUUCCAGGCCAGCAAGCAGUUCACAUACCUUCAGUCUAACUUGGAUCGCGAGGGUGUAUCUCGUCCAUCACCAACGAUCCCUGCUCUAGAGUUCAGCGACAAGCGCGCCGCGACAGAGUUGACCCAGGCCAGAUUCCUUCUCCAGCGCUUCUUCAGGAUGUACUGGCGCACUGCGUCGUACAACGUUACGCGGUUUGCCAUCUUUCUCAUGCUGGGUCUCGUCUUCGGCAUCACAUACAUCGACGCGGAGUACAGUUCCUACGCUGGCAUCAACUCAGGCAUGGGAAUGCUGUUCUGCACUACCGCCUUCAUUGGUUUCGUCUCGUUCACGAGUGUGGUGCCCAUUUCAUCGGAAGACCGACUGGCCUUCUACCGCGAGCGUGCGGCGCAGACGUACAAUGCACUAUGGUACUUUGUGGCUGCGACGGUGGUGGAGAUCCCGUACGUGUUCUUCUGUACGUUGCUGUUUAUGGUGCCGUUCUUCCCGAUGGUCGGGUUCACGGGCGCUACCAACUUUUUCGCCUACUGGGUGCAUCUCUCGCUGCACGUUAUGUGGCAAGCCUGCUUCGGCCAGCUCAUGGCGUACGUGAUGCCUACGGUCGAAGUGGCCACCGUCUUCGGCAUCCUAAUGCAGAUGAUCUUCCUGACGUUCAACGGCUUCAACCCUCCCGGCGCUGCCAUCCCAUCGGGCUACAAGUGGCUGUACCGUAUCACCCCGCACCGAUACGUGCUGGCUUUGGUGGCCGCUAUCGUGUUCGGAGACUGCCCCAGCGACGGUGAUGGCUCAGAAAUUGGCUGCGACGUGAUGACGGGGCUUCCACCCUCCCUACCCGCCGACAUGACGGUCAAAAGCUACUUGGAGACCGUGUUCAACAUGAAGCACGGCGACAUCUGGGAGAACUUCGGCUUCAGCGUCGGGCUGCUCGUCAUCUACCGUGUGCUGGCUCUGCUGUCCCUGAGAUUCGUGAACCACCAGAAGAAGUAG